CGGCGGCGGCCCGAGCUCCUGCCCCGAGGCCGGGAUGGCGAGGCCGGGGGACCCCGGGGGCGCGGUGAGCGCGCUGAGCAUCCUUGUCUGAGAUGCAACGGACUCGGCGGACUCUCCAGCCUGCUCAUCCCUUCCCGCGACUGGGAUCAUGAAGUUCCCUGGGACGCCGCCCGCGUGGGCUCUGCUGCCGCUGUUCCACCUGCUGGCGGGCGUGGCAGGGCACAGUCAUGAGGCCAAGGAUGCCGUCAGGCCGCAGCAUGGCGGCCAGUGGACUGUGGGCAGCUGCAGGAAGCUGACUGGGCUCUUGCGCCAGAAGGCUGUGGUGCUCAGCAAGCUGCGCGGGGCCGUGCGCGCCGUGCAGAGGGACCCUGGGCUCACGGCCGAGGAGAAGCUGUUCCAGGUGCACAUGUUCGAGAUCUUCCAGAAGGAGCUAAACGAGAGCGAGAGCUCCGUGUUCCAGGCCGUGCAGGGGCUGCAGCGGGCCCUGCAGGGGGAUUACAAGGACCUGGGCAACGUGAGGGACAGCAGCCGGCAGCGUCUCGAGGCCCUGCGGCAGGCAGCCAUCCAGGAGGAGACAGAGUACGUGGAGCUCCUGGCCGCGGAGAGGCACCAGGCCGCCCUCAGGAGCUCGCAGCGGCGCAACCGCAGCCUGUCCAUGCUGGACGAGCUGCUGGAAGACGUGCGGCGGGCGGCCGACCGCCUGGAGCAGGAGAUCGAGGAGCACGCGUUCGCGGACAACAAGGAGGUGAAGGGGGUGAACUUUGAGGCCGUGCUGCGGGUGGAGGAGGAGGAGGAGGAGGCCGGCUCCAGACAGAAUGCCAGCCGGCACGAGGACGGUGGCCUGGGACUCAGCCUGCUGAUCGACUCCCAGAACAACCAGUACAUCCUGACGCGGCCCCGCGACGCCACCGUCCCCCGGGCCGACCGCCACUUCAUCAGGGACAUCGCCGCCAUUUGCACGCUGUCCCUGCCCUGUGGCUGGCUCUGCUCCGCCGUCGGCCUGCCUUCCAUGUUCGGCUACGUGGUCUGCGGGCUGCUCCUGGGGCCGUCGGGCCUCAACAGCAUCAAGUCUAUUGUACAAGUGGAGACCCUGGGAGAAUUUGGUGUGUUCUUCACACUUUUCCUCGUCGGCUUAGAGUUUUCCCCUGAAAAGCUGCGGAAGGUGUGGAAGAUCUCGCUGCAAGGCCCCUGCCUCAUGGCUCUGCUCAUGACAGCCUGCGGCCUGCUGGGUGGCCACCUCCUGCACAUCAAGCCCACCCAGAGUGUCUUCGUGUCCUGCUGCCUGUCCCUGUCCAGCACGCCCCUGGUGUCCCGCUUCUUGGCCGGCAGCACCCGUGGGGACAGGGAAGGUGAGGCAGACUACAGCGCGCUGCUUCUGGGGAUGCUGGUGGUACAGGACGUGCAGCUGGGCCUCCUCAUGGCUGCGUUGCCCACGCUGAUCCAGGUGGGCGCCGGUGCCCACUCCAGCGUCCUCCGGGAGACCCUGCGCCUCUUGGUCCUGCUGGGGCAGACGCUGCUGGCGCUGGCGGCCGUGGCCGUGAUCUGUCUGCUGCUCAGGGCGGGGCCUCUGGGCCCCUGCUGCCGGAAGCUGCACGCCCAGGGCCGGGGCAGCCGCGAGAUGCUGGUUCUCGGUGCUGCUGCCUUCACCUUCCUCAUGCUCAUGGUCACAGAUCUGCUGCACGUGUCCAUGGAGCUGGGCUGCUUCCUGGCGGGGGCCCUCGUGUCCUCACAGGGACACCUGCUCACAGAAGAGGUCGUGGCUGUCGUCGAGCCCAUCCGGGACUUCCUGGCCGUCAUCUUCUUUGCGUCCAUAGGCCUCCACGUGUUUCCCACCUUCGUCAUCUACGAACUGACGGUGCUGCUGGUCCUCACGCUGGCCGUGGUGGUCAUGAAGUUUGUCCUGGCAGUCCUUGUCCUGUCCCUGCUCCUGCCGAAGGCCAGCCAGUACGUCAAGUGGAUCGUGGCUGCGGGGCUGGCGCAGGUCAGCGAGUUCUCCUUUGUGCUGGGCAGCCGGGCGCGCAGAGCCGGCAUCAUCUCCCGGGAGGUGUACCUCCUCAUCCUGAGUGUGACCACGCUCAGCCUGCUGCUGGCCCCGGCGCUGUGGCGGGUGGCCCUGGCCAGGUGUGUACCACGGCCCGAACGCAGGUCCAGCCUCUGACCUGGCCGGCGGGGGGCUCGGCGCCUGGCUGGGGGGCACCUGGCCAGGUGGGGUGGCUCGGCCGCCUCCUGGAUGCUGGCUGUGGGGCGUCCAGCCCGUGGCCCCGAGGACCCGUGCUCACCUGAGGACUUGCCCGAAUGUGCCUUCUCCCUACCGUCUGUCAGUCGGGGCCUUUCUGUGAGGAGUGAUUAAAAGGCUUUUAUUUAUUGUA